AGUAUAAAUGAACCGACUAGACACCGCUCCAUCUGUGCCGUUCGCCUCAGGAGUCGGUCAGUCUCUGAACGCCGCCGCGCGAGAGAGAGGCAUGGCGGCCGCACUGCUGCCGGAGACGGCGUCACGGCUGCUGACUCCGGAGACCCUCCGAACGGCGGCCAAGCAAUCUCAGGGGAUCCACCGUGUGCCUAUCUCCCUCCGCCGCGCCAUCAAGCGCUACCUCCGCGACCAGGACAAGACGCACAUGCACCGAAAGGUGCUGCUGCUUUCGUCCUCCUUCGAGCGCGCAAAGGGCACCGGUGCCGAGCUGGCUGCGGCGUCAACCCGUAGCGCACUCCUCGACGACCCCCAUGCGCCUGCGAGUGCCGAGCAGCGGACUGCACGGUGGAAGGUUCAGUCCUCCUACGGAGAUAUCGGCCUUCGGUACCGUGAGGAUGAGACGGUCGCGUAUGUCGCCUCCCGCAUGCCGGCAAUCUACGCCGCAUGCCACCGCGUGCUCCGUGAGGUUCGUCGUCGGUCUCCAGGUUUUGCACCUAAGAACGUGUUGGACUUUGGAGCGGGGCCAAGCUCAGCACUUUGGGCAAUGAGGGCAGUGUGGCCGAAGUCCAUAGAGAGGGUUAAUUUGAUUGAGCCCUCCAAAGAAAUGCAGAGAGCGGGACAGACCCUUCUUGAUAAUUUGAAGGGGUUGCCACUUAUCCACAGCUAUGAUAGCAUCCAAGAGUUGAACCGCAGCAUCGAGAAACAUGAGCGACGUCACGACCUUGUAAUAUCAUCUUACGCACUUGGGGAGAUUCCUUCAUUGAAUGACCGUAUAACAAUUGUGAGGCAACUUUGGGACCUAACAAAAGAUGUUUUGGUUUUGUUAGAGCCUGGAACUCCUCAAGGGUCAAAGAUUAUAAGCCAAAUGCGCUCAUAUAUCCUUUGGAUGGAAAAGAGAAAGUGCCGCAAGAGCGAAAAAUCUACAGGUGCUGCUCCAAGUAAAAUGAAGAGCAUGGUUGUUCAAGAAGAUUUGCUGAAAGAUGGUGCCUUCGUGGUUGCCCCGUGUCCUCAUGAUGGUCGCUGUCCAUUGGAGAAUUCAGAUAAAUACUGCCACUUUGUUCAGAGAUUGGAGAGGACAUCAUCACAGCGUAUCUACAAGAGGUCAAAAGGUGUGCCUUUGCGUGGUUUUGAGGAUGAGAAAUUCUGCUAUGUUGCUUUAAGAAGGGGCAAGCGACCAGAGGAAGCUUGGCCACUUGAUGGAAUGAAAUUUGAUACUCUUAAAGAACGUCAUGCGAAGAGAAACCCAGAAGAUCUUAUCAUUGACUAUGACGAUCAAUUUCCAAGUGAGGAAGAUGAAGAAGCUCCUGAUGGCGAUGAGGACAGUUUGGUCCCAUAUGCUUCUGAUACACAAGAACUAAGUCUAUUCCAUGAGAGUGGAGAGGAGGAGGAAGAGGAACCCAUCCGUGCUGAUCUUGGAGGAGGCUGGGGCCGGAUUAUAUACAGUCCCAUUCGAAGAGGAAGACAAGUGCAGAUGGAUGUUUGCCGUGCCACCAAACGGGAUGCGUCUGAAGGCGCGUUCGAGCGUGUCGUGGUCACACAAAGCAAGAACCCUGCUUUGCAUCUUCAGGCCCGGAAGUCGCUUUGGGGUGACCUUUGGCCAUUUUAGGCUACAGACUCUUCAAGCUUGCUUGUAGCCACAUUUUAGGGGGCUCCCAAUGUGUUCAGCAGUGGACUCGCUCCGUGAAAGUAGAAUGUGGCGUUAGUGGUGCUUCUUUCAGUGUUAACUUUUGCUUCAUCAGUAUUUGUUUUUGAAAGGUUUUGCUUCUUCCAUACAUUUAUUUAUCUGUAACAGAGCUAGUCAGCAAACCUCAUCUCAAAUUCUUGAUAUCAGGGCUGUGCCGGAGUUCUGAGGUUUGAACUCUGCAGCAUUGGAA